AUGAGUGAUUAUACUGACGUUGUUGUUGUAUUUAAGAGAAAAGGUGGUAUGUCAUUGUGGAAGCAGAUGUAUGAAGUUGAUGACGAAUUUGGAGUGGAAUUUAAAAUCAUUGAUUAUGAAUCUGCUGAUGAAAUCUGGGAAUUUUUAGACAAUAAUAAACUUUACUUUUACAUUAUUCAAACAAAAUCCAAUGAACUUAGAUUACAAUGUACCGAGUUUAAUAGAGAUUUCCAUAGAUUGGUCGAUAAUGAUGAUGGUGAAGAAGAAAUGUUCUCCAUCUGUGCAUCUAUGGGCAAUGGUCCGGAUGAUAGAAUUGAAGAGCAUAUGGAGGAAUCUGAUCAUGAGGAAUGUGAAAUUGAAUAG